CGGGGCGGGGCUGCUCGCGGGAUCCGCCCCUGCACUUCCUUGCGGCAGCCGAUAGGCAGCGACUGUCAGGCCUGGCUGGGGCUGCUGUCUGGUCCCAGCGAGGCGCAGCGCCAUGCGGCGGGAUCGGGCGCCGGAGCGCGCGGCCAGCUGGCCGGCCGACCACGUCACGGUGCUGAUCUCCUACUGGGCCGAGGCAGCGGCCGUGCACGACCUGGGCUCGCACGGGCGCAACCGCGUCGUGUACGACGGCAUCUCGCAGCGCCUGGCGCAGCUGGGGAUCUACCGCACUGGCGACCAGUGCCGCGAGAAGAUGAAGGCACUGAAGGUGGCCUACCGCAAGGCCAAGGAGAACAACGCGGCUGGGCGCCCGCCCAUGCGCUGCCCCUUCUACGAGGAGAUGGACUGCAUCAUGCGGGGCGGUGGAGGCAACGGCGGCCCCCGCGCCACCUUCUUCUCUGACACUGGCGAUGUGGCCUCGGGCCUGGAGAUGCCGGAGGGCACUGCCGCCUCGGAGCGCUGGGGCCUGUCGCGGAGCUGGGGCUGCCCGGCCACGGCCUCGCGCAGCUGGGGGCCGCAGGAGUCAGGCGCCUGCCCGUCCAGGGCGCAGGCUGCGCUGGGUGAGGUGUGCACCGUCCGCGUGAAGGAGGAGGAGACGUCCGGGGAGGAGCUGCCCCCUGAGCCCGACCCGUCUGUGUCCGCGGGGGAGGAGACGGAGUUGGCACCGCGGCGCCUCACCUUGGCGCUGGACCGGCUGGCUCAGCUGCGAGUGCGGAAGCGCAAGGCACGGGAGGAGGGGCCGGCGGAGGCAGCGCGGGGUGCAGGACCCAAGCACGGGCGCUCUCACCUGCUGGAGCUGAAGCGGACCCGGCGUGCGAGCGCCUGGAGGGCGGAGGAGCGGCAGAGCCUGGCGGAGUUCAUGCAGCAUGACCGGGAGAUGCGGCUUGAGGAGCGGGACUUCCAAGCGCAGCUGCUGGAGCAGCUGCUGCAGAGACAACUGGAAGCGCUGCAGGCCGUGGUGCAGGCCCCAGCCCCAGCCUCAGCCCCGCAGGAACGGGGGGAGCCGGUGGAGGGUGUGGGCACGGGGCUGCAGUUCCAGGCGCUGCUGGAGCAGGCAGUGCGGGACAGGGGCCACGGCAAGGACGUAGAAGUGGGCACGGCGGAGCUCUGGGGGGAGCCAGGGGCAGCAGGGAAAGCCCCCGUCCCGGCACAGUACUGGACAGCAGAUGAGAUCCUGCGCUGGCUGGUGCCUCAGCAGCCAGUGAACGGGCAGCAGCCGCGGUGCCAGGAGGGGUCACAGGGCCUCCGGCUCCUGCCUUCUGGGGGGUCAGUGCCCACCACGGUGUGGGGGGCUGGGGGGAAGCACAGUGCAGAGGUCAAAGGAGCAGAUGAGGCUGAGGGGGGCGUGGAGGCCCCAACAGCACGGCAGCGCUUCCUGGGCUUCCGCUACGAGGCCGCAGCGGGGCCACGUGAGGCUUAUGGCUGCCUGCAGGAGCUGUGCUGGCGCUGGCUGCAGCCGGAGGUGCACAGCAAGGAGCAGGUGCUGGAGCGGCUGGUGCUGGAGCAGUUCCUGAGCCUGCUGCCGGAGCGGGUGCAGCGCUGGGUGCAGGAGCGGUGCCCUGAGAGUGGCUCUGAGGCUGUGGGCCUGGCUGAGGACUUCCUGCUGCCACAGCGCCAGGCCAGACAGCUGCAGCCCCAGGUGCUGGAGCCUCCCUGGGGAGGGGCUGAAGGUCCUGGUGCUGCGGAGCAGGUGCUCCUGGGCCAGGAGCAGAGAGAGACAGACAGGGACCUUGCACAGGAGGAUCGUGGGAGUGCUGGUCCGCUGGCUCCAGACCUGCGUGGCCAUGCGGUACCUAGGGUAUAUGCAGGGGGCGUAGGGACGGUGGUGGGCCGCAGAAGCAGGGUGGCACCUGGAAGGAGCCGGCUGGUGAAGAAUGGCCUGGAGUCACCACCUGGGGAGCGGGGCCCAGAGGAGCUGCAGGCAGCAGCGGGGCAGUCGCUGGAGCUGCGCGGGGCCUCCUGGGGGCAGAAUGCAAGGGCAACAUGGGGAGCUGCAGCGCGAGGUGGUCACAUGGACAGGGCUGAGCCUCCAGCAGACAGGACGUCCAGCCCCUAUGGGAGGCCCCCCCGGUGCCCGAGCCCCGAGGCUGACGGCCCCUUGCCACGGGCAGACUCUGGAUCACCAUGGGAAGUGGACGGCAGCACCGAAGGGGGGGCAGAGGGCAGUGCAGCCUGUCCUGGGGGGCAAUCCCAGUGCCAGGGCUGCACCGUGCUGCGGGCCCAGCUGGAGGCGGUGCAGGAGGAGCUGCAAGUGGCCAGAGCCUCCCCCCUACUGGGGCUGAGCAGUGCAGCUCUGCGGGACCUGCAGGCUGCUCUGGGAACCAUCUCGCGUGUGCUGAGUGAGCGGAGACCACCUGGUGCCAAGGCCCCCCCGGACGUUGCCCAGAGCCCAGGUGCGCUGCUGCCUGCGGACACGCAUGUCUCAUGAUGUCCGAUCCACGGCUGGCUGCACCUACCACCCCAAGGCCACCAGGGAGCCCCAGUCUUGGCAGAACGGGGAUGGACGUCAGGAACUCCUGCCACUCUUAGGGCCCCAAACUCCCCAGAGCUGGUGGUGCUGAGCACUGUGUUAGCGGCACCAAGGCCUGGAUGAGUCACUGGUGUUGGGCAGCUGCUUACAGGAGCCAGGGGUCAGGGCAGCUGCAGGCUGAACCCCCACAGACCUGCUGCCAGGUCCUGGCUUUGGACCCCAGGCAUGGUGGGAGCAGGAGGAGGGGAAGCCACUGCCUCUUCCCAAAGCAGCACAAGGGGCGCCAGUCUCUCCUUCCUGUUCUAUGUUUGGGUUUUUAAGUCUCCGCCAGAGAUGCUGGGUGCUGGCUGCAGCCCAGGCUGGGGAUGGGGACUGGGCUGUGCCAGUGUACCUGCUAGGAUCAACCCUGCAGGCUCCUGGCUAAAGGGUCUUGCCCCUACACUCUGGCUCAGUCCGAUGCUGUGCUGGAGUCAGAAUGGCACAUGGCCCCAGGUCCCAGUGCCACCUCCAAGUCCUUUUGGGUCACUGACAGCGGGACGGAGACGGGGCUGAUGGCAGGAGAGUGGUAGUGAUGGCAGCCCCAGCCCUGCCCAUCCAGGCUGUGACUCGGGGCCAUGGGGCCUCAGCACUUAAUAAAGAGUUUUGUCCUGGA